CAUAACCAAACACAAUUUUAUACAAACCAACCCUCUUCCACUCCUAGCCGGGCCUGUUCCUGGCGCUCUUGCUGCAUGUCUUGUGUCAUGAUGAUGAAGGGGCGAUAGCCAUAGACAAAAUGGAGGAGGGGAUAAAAGAACCUUCUGAUUGGAACUUUUCUCCAUUUAAGUCUCGAUUAUAUCAACAUCAUUACUACCACGAUCGAGUACCUUUUCUUGUUCAGGAGAUGGACUCUUUAUUGCGAUGCCCAAUCUGUAAGGACUAUUUAAACAAUGCAAUGAUUGUACCGCAUUGUUCGCACAACUUUUGCUCUCUGUGCAUAAGAAGGUUCCUGCACACCAGACGCCAGUGCCCCAUAUGCUCACAGGUAGUCAACGAGUCUGAACUGCGGAUCAAUCGCCAGCUUGAUCUGUUGGUGCAAACCUUUAACACAAACAGGCACAAUUUUCUUGAUCUCCUCUCGUCAAGAGCUACAUGUACAUGUAGGAACCCUGGCCCCCAGGAAGAUCUUUAUCGGGUGCCCCUACCCCCUGCAAUGAGCCAGCUGCCAGACUUUGACGAGGAAAGUCAGUUUCAAAACGACUGGAUCCCUCCAACCGUCGCUAUAGAAACAUCGACUCCACCUACGUGUACGAUACUUGAGACUUGUAAUGAAAUUAGUUCGGCAAAGUUAGUACAAGACGAGGAAGAUUGUUACGGUGGUCCUAUUGCCAGAAGUAAAGGAACAAUUGAAAAUUCUUUAAAUCACAAUCUAUCUUCUGAUGUACAUGAAGGAAACCCUUCCACAAGUUUUUUAUCAUCCAUACAACAAGUUUCUGCUGCAUCACCAAGUGUAGCAGUGAAUCCACUCAGCAUAGGAGAUCCCACUGGGAGUGCAACCCCUUCUCAAGCUGCUGUUAAAAAUGUACCCUGUCCAGUAUGUAGCCAGCUUGUGUCUGAGACGUUUAUCAACUCUCAUCUGGACUCCUGCCUCAACCGGUCCCUUAUUCAAAAACCACCCACACCUACAUGUAGCUCCCAACACAAAGCGUGUUACAAACUACCCAACUUGGUGUUCGCUCCUAUGAAGGACCGAGAAUUGAGGAAGAAGUUAAAGACGUACGGAUUGUCUCACCAGGGACAAAGACAUGCUCUCAUAGAUAGACUCCGAGAGUUCACACUUCACUACAAUGCUCAGUGUGAUUCAAGCAACCCCAAAACAAUGAGUAAGGUAGCUACUGAAGUAGAGAAGGCAGAGAAGAGCCGGGCCAUUGCCAGCAAAAGUGGGACUAGUCAGGUUGCCAGGAGGAGGAGCACCGCAGAUCCCACUGAGAUUGAACAACAGAACAAAGCUCAUGUGAAGGCCCAUGCAGAUCAGUUUAAUCAGCUCAUUGCACGGGCCAGAAAAAGCCGAAACAAGGCAUCCAGCAACACGACACACUCCCCUUUGAAUGCUGAUGACACUAUCCAAUCAAAUUUGAGCACUCCUCCGUUGUCACCGGUAGCACCACUUACCCUGGUAACUCCACCCUUUGCAAAUGCCACGCCUACCUCAAAGGCUACAUCCGCCUUAAAGGACACACCCACAAUGAAGAGCACUUAUCAGGCAGGAAUGACGUCAUCCCAUGAAAACCACCUAUCUACUCAGAAUGAAAAUGCUCAUAGCAGAGGAUGGUCAGCCAUUGAGCAACUGUACACCCCCAUCCCAAGGCAUAGGACCACACCCAUUCCAAUGACGACGCCUAUACAUUCAGUAGCAACACCUCACUACAAACAUGGUGCACCAAGCAACGGCGCUGUCCCUCGUAAACUUGAGGAGGAUACGGGCUUUGAUGACCUUUCUCCUUUAGAGAGUCCACACUUUAGCAAGGAGGGAAGUGAGGGAAGCACUCCAGAGUUGGAACAUGCUGUUAAAGGUUGUGAGGUGGCUCCAGAGAGCCCUGAGGGCGUGACGAAGCAUGCCCGUGGAGAAGUCUCAGCUGUUCCUGAGAGCCCUGUCGUCGUUGUGAGGUCCCUAAGAAGUCAGUCCAAGCGAAGAUUCAGAUAUUCAAAGAUACGAUACACACCCCUACUCCCGGAAAAAGAUGACCCAGACUUUGAUUUGUCUUCCCCCAAACACAACAAAAAACAGCGUCGAUCAUAGCAUUGCCAUUGCUGCUUAAUAAUUAUAAUUAUAUUCAUGAUCAAAUUAUUUUGGCAAUGAUU